AUGCCACCCGCCGAUCUGCUCGGAUUGGAAAGACGCAGUAUCGGGUCCCGACUACUCGUCGUUUUGGAACCCGGCGAACAACGACCUUUCAAAGCAACCGCAAAAAGCGAGGCGAGAAACGCUACGAUCGGUGUCUGGCAGGCUAGAUGGCAAGCAACCUCAAAAGCUGCAUGGACGCGCUGCGUCAUCCCUGACUUGGGGAGAUGGCUGGGAAGGACCGUCCCGUGGGUGCCUAUGACGUUCCACAUGACACAGGCACUCACGGGCCAUGGUUGUUUCCAGUGGUACCUCCAUCGUAUGGGCAGGGCCACCAGUCCACGUCGCUGGCAGUGUGCAGACGACUCGGACACCGCCGAACACACGUUAUUCCAGUGCGUCUACUGGGAAGGAUUUCGGGAAGCUCUAACCUCCCGGAUAGGUCGUCGUCCGAACACCAUCGACGUGCCCGACAUAAUCUGCGGUCCAGUGUUCGAGACUCUGCCGCUGGAUCCAAUCGAUAAGCAAGCGGUUCUUAUAGGAGCUGAGGAAGUUUUUAAACUUUUUUAUCGCAUGGUGGAAAACAUCCUUACUACGAAGGAGGAUGAGGAACGGCGUCGUCAGGCCGCAGAAAGACCUCCGAAUUCACCAAACUAA